GCUGCCGCCUAUUCCAGCGCUGACCUUGAAGACCAACAACAUCCCCCGCCCGUAAGCUGGUCGACCUAUUCUCUCUUUUGUACCUUGUCUUCUUUCACCUACUCUGACUGUUAUUUCUGGACCAAGAAGUUUUUGUUACUACUGGCAUCUUGGCAUAGUGAGCAGCUACCAUGACUAUGCUCGUUGAGCUCACUCGUCGCGCCGUCUCGCACCCGCAGACGGCGACAUUUGUCAAGCGCGCUGUGGCUAUCAAGCAUGGCAACGGAGAGGAAGUCGAGCUUCCUACCUGGGGCAUCGUAGUCGUCUAUCUGACCGUCUUGGUUGGUAGCGUUGCGUUCAGCCUUGUAUCCUACAUGCUGAACCAUGUCAUCACGUCUCUCAGCAUGGUCGAGUCCCCCAUGGCCGCCAUCACCGUGACGCCCUCAGCCCAAGAGCCUUCCGCCAAAGAAGGCGAGAAAGAGACACUCCUUGAAACCGGCCCUACGAUUGCCCUCGUCAACCAGAAGCCCAUCACCUCCUCCAUCCGCGCCACCAUCCGCCACCUGGUCGCCAACGCCGGCCGCUUCGCGCGCUUCAGGGGAUACAGAAUUCACAUUGUGUACUCGCUCCUCAACAGCCUCGUCUUCACCUUCUUCAACGGCGCCCUCGAUUUCCUCCCUGGCCAAGCCAUCCUCAGCGCCGCCUUCUCCGGCGCCCUUCUCGCUCGCAUCCACGCCGUAUGGACGCACAAGGUCGUCGGCAUGCCCACUGAACAGUCGUUCUGCCAGCGCAUCCCCAACAAAAGCCACUGGAAGACACUGGCCCUCCCUGCUGCUAUUGCCUCCGCUAUGCCAUACAUCAGCAUGUACCUUACCGCUGGCUUGGUCAUGCUGCUCGGCUUUGACGACAUGGAACCCGUAACUACCUGUGCGCAGAAGAUGGGCGUCAUCGCGCGUGUCCUUGGUGUUGCCAUCUUCGCCAUCACCUGCACGCUUUUCCUCUGUCUCCCUGCUCUCGUCACCCGCGUUCGCAUCGAAGCUUCCAUCCUCCCCGACGACCAGGAUGCGAUCGUCCCCUUUGAUCGCACUUUUGGCGGCAAGGUUGUCAGCAAGAUGAUGGGUGGCUCUGGUGUUGUGGGGUUCCUAGAUGCCUGGAAGUCAUUCAACUGGGAGGCUCGUCGCCGCCUUAUCAAGCUUUACAUCAAGAACUUUUUUAUCCUCACGGGUAUGCUCCUGGUCUUUUUCCACAUUGUGGCUUUUGAGACUUUUGCUAUCAUGGGACCUGCGGUUGGAAAGCUUAUGGCGCAGAUGAAGCAUGAUGGUAUGGACGGAGGUGUGUAAGGGGUGGAAGCGAUAUUAGAGGAAGAGUAUUUUUUGGAAUCAGAAUGCAUAUGAUUGGGACAGUGGUGUUAGGUUGAGAGGUGUAGGAUUACAGAGUACUCAUUUUCGUUCCCCCCCCCCCCCUUUUUUUCCGCUUCUUUACGCACAUGAACAUUCAUAGAAA